AAGCGUUAUCCUGAUCUUGAUUAAAAGCUAUUUUAGGAAUUCUCCAAAACAUUGAUCCUGGACACAGCUUAUUAACAUAAACUGGGGGAUAAUUCAAUACUUUAUCAAAGCUGAAUGAAUCACUUCACAUGCAUUAGUAGUAGAAUAGUUCCGAGUUCAAUAAACGGGAUACCUCGUACCGAAUGAUCUCGUCCAAGACGAUGAAAGAAGUGAAAUUUUGAUACAGAAGCAAAACCAUGACAGACUUUGGAAGUGAGACUUGGUAUGGAAAAACUCCAGAAAGCGUUCCAUUGCUGGGCUUGGAUCAGUUUAGUGAUGAGGUGUUUGCUAGCUAUACAGGCCCCGAGGACGGGCUGGGAUUUGUUUUUAGAGACUCCAACAGCAGCAUGAUACCAUCCAAUACAUUCAUUGAGGCAGCAGGCGUGAAGAACUGGAACAUCAAGGACCAGAAAGCUUAUGGAAUCUGUAUUUCUCUGUAUGAACAACACCCAGUCAAUGGCAGAAUGUCAGGUGAUCCCAUUGCUGAUGCUUUUGCACUGUGUGCACGGAAGAAUAACUGUGUGUUACUGAUGGCAGACGGUGUAAACUGGGGGGAGAAGUCUCGACUGGCAGCCCGGUGUGCACUGUACGGGGCCAUGAAGUAUAUUAACAGGAAACUGUUUCAGGAGAGAAACCAACCACAGAAUACUCAGGAGGCUCUUGUCCUACUAAGACAGGCUUUUGAUGCUGCACACUCAGUCAUUCUGGACAGAAAUGGUGGCCUCACCACGAUGUGUGCCUGUAUGAUAUGUCCUGUGAAAAAUUCUCACCAGUUUGCUGUCUGCUGUGUGAAUGUAGGAGACAGUUAUUGCUACAUAUUUAGUCAUCGCUAUGGUAUUAGGGAGCUGACAAUCGGAUCCCAUGACAUUACUUCAGAACGGGACAUUCGUGAUGCAGGUGGUGCCAUCGGCCCCGUGAGUGGUUCUAACCCAGAGCUACAGAAUCUAACUUGUUCCCUGUCGUUCUGUGAGCCCGGAGACAUUGUCUUUUUAACUACAGAUGGGAUAUCAGAUAACUUUGACCCAGUGGUAACAAAAGCUGCUGUACCAAGAAAAAUGAAUGAUGCAAAUAGCAAUGAACUUUCCCCAAACUCUGAGGAUUCUGGGAAACCUGAAAUGGAACCAAGUGAGAGGCAUUUGUAUGCUAUGAAACAGAUGGAGAGGGUGCUGUACGAGUUUGAACUCGCCACAGAAGAACAGUGCUCUGCCCAGGAAUUAUGUGGGGCCAUAGUUCAGCAUGUGCUCUCUCUCACAGAUUCCAAGCGGAAAAUACUGGAAAACCCACAGCUGUAUGUCAGGCGAAGACUUACUCAAAAAGAAAAGGAGAAAAGAGACUCUGACAUAGUGAAUCAAAUGUCCAAAGCCCCCGGGAAACUGGACCACGCUUCCAUUGUGGCAUUUGAGAUAGGCAUUAUGAAAAGGGAUGAAGAAGAAAUGGAGAACAUCCCACUAAUUGAGACUGUGCACGAGUUGGACUCGGUUUCCGAGUCUGAUGAAUGCCCGUCGAGCACAGGGCCAGUGUCUCCCACCUCAAAGAAGUCAUCACGUCCAAGGAAACUGUUCGCGAGAAUUAAAAAUCUGAGUGUAAACACCAAUGGUCAUACUCCUAGUCAAAUUACUAGUCCUAAAAGUGCUCCUGUGUCACCGAGGAAGUUCUCAUUUAAAAGGUCAAGGUCAAAAGCAACUGAGGCCACUUCUCCCAUGAGCCCUGACCCUGUCUCACCCUCAGAAAUCCCCUCCCCCUCACUAGUCAGUCCAUCCAAUCUAUUUCCAGUGUCAGCCCCCCGCAGGAAGAAUCGUCAGCAUUCUCACGAGUCAUCUGUGUAAUUCUGUGCUACAAAAAUAUUCUAUGCUGUUUAUUUAUAUAUCAUUAUGCUGUUUAUUUAUGUAUCAUUAUGCUGGUAUUUAUGGAUCAUUAUGCUGGUAUUUAUUGAUCAUUUAUUGUGUAUAGGUGUCUCAUAACUCUCAUUACAUGAGGUUUUUGAUUGAUUAUCUAUUACGAGGUAUUGUGAACAUUAUUAAUUACUGCAGGGUGAAAUUUAAUUAUUUGUUGUGUAACAUGCAUUCAUAUGUUAAUACAUGGUUUACAUGAGGUCAAGUUUUGAAGACUAAAUGCUGUUAUAAAAUAUUGCUCAGGGUUAGGGUAAUAUUACCUGUAAGACAAGAUAUCUGAUGACAAAUGAUGUAACAGAUAAACAUGAAAUCGGUAUUUCAGCCAUGCUAGCAUGUUUUGCAGUGCAGCUUGUCGUACAAUCUUUUCUACAUGCUUUUGCAUAUUAUGUGUCAAUCACUGAAUCACUUUUAUGUGUCAAUUACUGAAUCACUUUGUUAGUGAAGCAUAACCUUGAUCUCAAAUUGUCCACACACAUUAGAACAAAACUUCAACUUGUAUACCUAGUGAUGAGUAUAAACAGAAAACUCUUCUUGGAGAUGUUGAGAUUUAAGCCAUGUAUUAAGCAUUGGUUGUCUUUUUUAAUAUUUUAAAGCAUGGUUGUUGUUAAUUGUACGAGUAUUGUAGUACUCAUUUAUUUACUGAAGCAGGUAGGGGUAAAUUUUUGAGGCAGGUAUAGCUACACUUUCAUUAGCAGUUGAUUUUAUGGAGACCUUGUCCAGAUUUAUAUGUACUAGAUGUGAUAAAAGAUCAUUAAAAGUAGCGUCUUUACAAUAAUUAUUUUGACUAUGUACGGUAAGACACCCUUAUAAAGAACACACUUAUAACAAAUUUACUUUUUACUUUAUUGCAAAGUGACAUUUAUUCCUCUGUGAGAGGAAAACUUAAGUUUCAUUAUAACAGAUUUUCUCACUGGCCCAGGAGGUUCGCUACAACUGUAUUUUACUGUACAAUAUUUAGGAUCAGUUCUGUUUAUAACAAUUUCUUUAUUGUGUCGCCUGUAAAGGUAUACUAAGGAUUAUUGUCUUUUGUGGGUUUGACUUUAAAUCCCCUCAUUGGUCUGUCUUUAGGCCCCCUUGUGACAGUAAAAGAUAAGAUGUUCAAUUUUAAUGUGUGUGUUCCUUGUAUGAGAGUCACUUGAUAAAUAAAUACAUGUACAGUACAUACCGUGAUAAAUGAUCUCAUCACAUGUGACAUGUGUGUUAUUUAGAGUAAUCUCAGUUAAUUACCAUCUCAUUAGAAAGUUUAGUAGCUUUACUGGUUGAAAACUAGAUAGAUAUUAUGCACUGAUAAAUUGUCUGUCCACCUGUCUGUAAAUAAUUGUCUUGCAUUGAUGGUGCAUGUGCAAAGAAGGAUAAUUCUAGAAUAUAAGGUAGGAAAAUCGACAUACUGCAUGGUUUUAUGUUUUCAGCAGACCUUGUGAAUUCUUUAUUAUUCUCCAGAAUGUUUUUCAGGUCCCCUGAGUAAAUCAGGUGACAUAAUGCAGUCCAUGCUUUUUCCAUCGUGUGUACCGGGAAUUGUGCAGUGUAAACAUUUGGACGUUUUCAAUAGAAACUUUUUAUAAAACUAAUUCUAAUGUUGUAUCUUUAGGGAAAAGGAAACAAAAAGAAUGGCAGAGUCCCUGCCCUCUAGGGGUUACUUAUAUGGGGCCAAAACUCCUUAAAUAGUAGACUCUUUAAAAAUCUGUUUUUACUCUGUAAGUGGCAGUAACAUCUAACAGAUAAUUGUAAACCAGAUGCUUAGUGCCCUGUUUAAUUCAAGGACCUUUCAUCAGGUUUCAUACCCCUAGGACAAAGGUUUUUGUAGUGAAAAUACAUUAAAUCUUCACUCCAUGAAUGCUUAGCAUGAAAACUGAAUGAUUAUUUAUAAUGAGCUUGGAGGACUGUACCAAAGAAUGAAAUUCAUGACCCCCAUAUGUCAAAUUAGGUUCCAAGAUGGGACCUUUGGAUCAUGUGCAGAAAAUGUUUUAUAUCUAUAAAAAUCAUUACUAUUGAAGAUCUAGCAUAUGCUCUGGGUCAACUGUGAAUUUGAAACUCCAGGGUUCAGUUCUUAAAGGUAUGUCUGUAAAAGAUCUUUGAAAAUCUUUAGUCCUGAACAUCUACUAUGUAAUUUCGUACUGAAAACAAAUGACAUCUCUGUGAAUGACCUGCUGAAAUCCAGGGGAAAGGUUUGACCAGAUAAUUGGUCAUGACCCAUAACCAAGGUCAUUUAGACAGGUUAAAGGUCACAAGUAAAAUGGGAAAAUACUUAUUUAGGUCUCAACUUUGUACUAUAGGCACAUACAUAGUACGUUGGUUGUCCAUGGCCUAGACAAAGUCAUUUGACCAAGGUUGUAAAAGACUGUCGGGCCAUAACUUUGUAAUGGCAAGGUAUAAGGAGUUCAAUAAUCACUUCCUUUGAUUACAGACACACACAAAACACUUCUUUGAAUAUCAUUUUUGAUGCAGUCUUACUGGUUUUUUUAUUUUAUAUUAGUUGAUAAAUUAUUAAUUUUUUAAUUGUACUUAGAUGAAUGUUAAGAACCAUGUAGUGUCCUCUUGUUUUAAUUAGUUCGAAUUUCUCUUAGAUAUAUUGAAUUUAAACUAAUUUUAGAUGCACAUUUUUAUGAUUACUACUGUACUUAUUUAUAUCGAAUGGAUUUAACGUUUUAUUACAUGUGAUUAUUGUUCAAGGCAUUUGAACUUGGUUUGAAAUUUAGUAUUAUAAUUCAUAUAUUUUUAUUAAUCCUGUUAAAGGGGCAUGGACAUGGUUUGAGCUGAAAAUUUUCAUAUUCUAUUUUCCAUUUUUACUGUUUACAAUGCUUAACUAAAGUAAUUCUAAUUGUCAACCAGAAUUUUAAUAUAAAUUGUUACAUUGCAAGUGAGAUACAGUACUCACAAUUCCUUGGUAUGUAAACAAGACCUGUGCCAUGUUUCUAUACAUAUUGAUAGCUUAAUAGAAAAUAGCAUGUUUAAAACAAAAUGAGAUGUGCCAAACACUAGAAACAAAUUAAUUGUUUUGAAUUAUCUUGUAAAUUGAAAAAAUCUGCGUUAAACGAAACUUUUUCUAGUAUAUUUAAUCUAUGUAAACAAAAACAGGGCAGGCCUUGUUUACAUAACAAAGAAUUAUUAACUCUGUAUCUCACAUGUACCUUGACAAUUGACAUUCAAAUUUUUGCUAACCAUUAGAAAUACCGUAGUUAAGCAUGCUAAACAUUAAAAGUGGAAAAGUAAAAUUUGAAAAUUUCCAGCUCAAGUCCUGUCCAUGUCCCUUUAAAUUGUAUAAGAUUUAGGAUCUGCCAUGUUCAGAACGUUUUUGCAUUCGGUGUGAACCAAGGUUCUAGUAGCUUUUAGUAUUGAAGUACAAAAGAUGUUUCAAGAUUAGAUAGACGUACAUCGUACUACAAAGAGAGUUAAGAUAAUCAAAAUUUCUGACUGCUGGUCGUGCAUGCUGAUGAUACUGACAUGAAAUAUUUAUCUUGAUGUACAUCUUGCAUGAUGUAUCGCUCAUUGUUAUUCUAAUAUGGCAGGGCAUUUUAUUCAUGACUUAUUAAGGGCAUAACACAAGUAUGCAAAAUUAAUGAUGAAUGUUUCUGAUGUACUUAAUACAAGGUCGUACAGUU